AUGAAUUCAAUCAAAGCUCUUCGGGUGGAACAAAUUGAUGCUCAUUCUUUAGAUAAAGAAAUCCGAGAGAUCGUUGGCUCAACGCUAGAAGAAUGUGUCUCAUCGAUGCCAACAGUGAUGCAGAGAUUGAUCGAUCGUGCCAAACCAGAAAUUCGGCUGCUUAUCGAUGCUGUGAUUUGGACAUCAAGAUUGUAUACUGGAACAAGUCCGGGGCAACGAUUAUUGGAUGUUUUCUAUAAAAAUUAUAGCCCCGUUAAGAUCUCCGCACAUUUUGGAAUCAAUGUGUUAGCACCUUAUUUGAUGAGGCGAAUCACUGAUUUUCGGCCCACAACAUACCGAUUUUUUGAGAAAUUGGAAGCUUUGUUAACGUUACUCAAUGUUAUCCACUACCUUCAUUUUCUUCGUUUCGGCGGUUUCAGCACGUUGACUGAACGCUUUCUAUCAUUAAGACAUUUCAAUCGAGAAGCCCCAACAAUUGGCACGGUGAAUCUGGACAAUCAGAAUCGAGAGUUGUUGUGGCAUUCAUUCAGAGAUUUGAUCUUGCUUUUAUGGCCAAUCUAUCGAAUAGUGGAAAGCUACUGGAAAAAAUGGAGUCGAAAAGCGAACACGGCGAGUUUUGAUGGGAAAUGUGUGAUGUGUGAGAAGGAUUUUGUGGCACCGGUUGAAAUGGUUGAAUGUGGACAUGUUUGCUGUUAUUGGUGUUUUGCGACUCGUCUCACUUCACGAGAAAAUUGUCCAAUCUGUGAUAAACAAACGGGAAUUCGAGCCGCUCACGGAGUUCGCCUUUUCGACCCCAAGCAACACAAAUAUGAU